AUGAGGACACUACUAUUGACUCUGCUUGGUCUUCAAACAGUGAUUGGUAUGGGACACUGGUGUGAACGCACAGUGGAGGAAAAAGUGGAGGUAAUCCUGUCGCCGCGUCUUCAGCUUGAAGUGAGUUGUUCUGAGGUGUACCAGUACAACACCCAGGGCUGGAAGCUAGAUGUGGACAGGAUGCGGGCGAAGCACAGGGAUGAUGAUGGUAUUGCCCUUUACUACAGACAACAGGGUCCAAAAGCAUCCUGCUUUUUGUACAAACCCUCAGAGAUAGAGAGCCAGAUGGUGAACAAAACAGUGAGGGCUUGUUGUAAGGACUGGGGAGGACCACACUGCUCAGAAGGCAUGGGUGUUCGAGGCCAGUGUUUCUCUACAUGGAGUUGUGAGGAGUUCCCUGGGAUCCAUAACUCUUCUCUGAUGGUGAUGGAGGAAUGUUGCAGUACUAUCUGGGGCCUAAGCUGGAAGAAUGCUUCUGACCAGACGUGCUUGUCCUGCACCUACACUCUCCUUCCUGAUUCCCGGUCCUCCACCCUGGUGCGUGGUGGUCUGCUGGGGAGUAUCAGAGGCGCUCAUGGUUCUGCUAUGUGCAUGUCCUGGGGUGGAACCCAUUUUCGCACUUUUGACAGGAAGCACUUCCACUUCCAGGGCAGCUGUACCUAUCUGCUGGCUUCAUCCACUGAUGGCACCUGGGCUGUCUACAUCAGCACAGUUUGUAAGAGAGGAGGGAAGUGCAGGAAGGCACUGAGAAUGAUGCUUGGUCUGGAUUUGGUUUCAAUUCACCACAGGAACUUGACACUAAACAACCAACUUGUCCCACAUGGAGAACCACUAUUUCAGAAUGGAGUGAGUGUCCACUGGGUGGGUGACUUUGUGUUCGUGGAAAGUGGCCUCGGGGUCAGAGUGAAGUUUGACUUAGACAACACGAUCUAUCUGACAGUGACGGCCGAACACUUGGCAGCCACUAGGGGGCUCUGUGGAGUGUACAACAACAACCCUGAUGAUGACUUCACCACGAUGGGUGGAAGUGUGUCACAGUACGGUGCUAGCUUUGGCAACUCAUGGAAAGUUCCUGAUCAACAGAAUGAAGGCUGCAGUGAUGGGGCUGAGCUCGGUCACAGCUGCGUCGUCUCAGGAGAUGCUGCCCUACACAGGCAGGCAGAGUCAAUAUGUCACAAACUGUUGGAAAACCCCUUCACACACUGCCAUCCCCGGUUGGACCCUGCAGCCUACGUAGACACCUGUUUGUAUCUGUACUGUAGUAUGGGUCCCAAAGACAGGGAAGCAGCAGUGUGUGACACCCUGGCAAGUUACGCAAGAGAAUGUGCCCAGCAACAUGUCAUCAUAAUGUGGAGAACAGCCAGCCUCUGUGCUCGAGUGUGUCCGGGAGGUCAAGUGUUUUCAGAUUGUGUGUCUUUAUGCCCCCCUACCUGUGCAUCCCCCCAGGCCCCUGGGCCCACCUCUGCCUUGGGCCAGUGCAGGGAGGAGUGUGUAGGGGGCUGUGAGUGUCCACCAGGCCUCCGCCUUUACCAGGGGCAGUGCCUGAAAAAGGACAACUGUCCGUGUUUCCAUCGCAGACGCACCUACCAGUCUGGGGACAGGAUACAGCAGAGAUGCAACACCUGUGUGUGCAGUGCAGGCCAGUGGCAGUGCACUGAGGAGAAGUGCGCUGCUCAGUGCACUCUGAUGGGGGCGCUACAGGUCACCACUUUUGACAAAAAGAGGUAUUCACUUCAAGGAGGGGACUGUCCCUUCACUGCUGUUGAGGACUUUGUUAACAGAAAGCUGGUAAUAAGCGUACGCUGUGGGGAAGGUACCACAGCAGGAGGGAGAGGAGGAGGAGGACGAGGAGGACUGGGAUAUCUGACGGAGGUGACAAUCACUGCACUUCGCACCACAGUCACCAUCACAGACACUGGUACAGUGACACUGCAUGGAAAGAGAGAGGCGUUACCUGUGGUGACAGGGGACCUAGUGGUGCGUAAGGCCUCGUCCUCAUUCCUUCUCAUCCAGACCUUUGGAGCCCAGGUGCUCUGGCACCUAGAUGGACCCCUGACCCUCAUCACCUUGCAACCUGGCUUUGCGAACAAGGUGCGAGGCCUUUGUGGGACUCUGACCUGGAACCAGCAUGAUGAUUUCACCACCCCAGAAGGAGAUGUGGAGAACAGUGUGUCAUCCUUUGCAGGAAAAUUCAUGACGGAGCGCUGUAGUCUUCCUGGAGGAGCUGCACCAGACUCCUGUACCACAUACACCCAAAGGAGACACUAUGCCGAGACAGUAUGUUCUGUCAUACACAGCCCCAUAUUUCAGCGUUGUCAUGAUGUGGUGGAGAGGGAGCCCUAUUUCCGAUUGUGUCUGUCAGAGGUUUGUGGCUGUACUCCACAGAUGAACUGCCACUGUACUGUCCUCACUGCCUAUGCCCGACAUUGUGCUCAGGAAGGUGCAGCUGUGCAGUGGAGAAACCACACUUUCUGCCCGGUGCAGUGUUCAGGGGGCCAGGUGUACCAAGAGUGUGGUUAUGCCUGUGGAGGCUCAUGUUCAGACCUGCAACAGGGCUGGAGCUGUGAUAGUGAUGGAAGUGGAAUGGGUGUAAAAAUGUGUGUCCCAGGCUGUCAGUGCCCCUCAGGACUAGUGCAUGAUCACCAGGGCCAGUGUGUACCUAUCACCAUGUGCCCCUGUGUGCAAGGAGACAAGACAUAUCCAUCUGGAGCUGUUAUCCAGAACAACUGCAAUACCUGUGCAUGUGAGCAGGGUGUGUUUAACUGCACCCACGAGCAUUGUGAAGAGGUGAACCAGUGUCCAGGCUCCUUGAUCUAUUCUCCACGCUCAUGCCUCCUCACCUGCUCCAGUUUGGAUCCUCUGGGUCAGCAGCAGGAGCCUGAUAUAGCACAGUCCAGUUGCAGAGAGCCCCUAUCAGGCUGUGUUUGUCCUAAGGGAACUGUGUUUCUAGGUGAUCGUUGUGUCCUGCCAGAUGAGUGUCCUUGUCACCAUAAUGGUCAUCUUUACAACAGCAAUGACACCAUCUCUAAAGACUGCAACACAUGUGUGUGUAAGGAGCGCCGCUGGCACUGCAGCCAGUCUGCUUGUGCCGGUGUGUGUGUGGCGACUGGUGACCCUCACUAUGUGACAUUUGAUGGCCGCUGUUACUCUUUCCUUGGUGAUUGUCAGUAUGUGUUGGCGAGGGAGACCAGUGGUUCAUUCAGUGUCACAGCAGAGAAUGUGCCAUGUGGCAGCACUGGAGUGACUUGUACAAAGUCUGUCACCCUCAGUCUAGGAAAUACUGUCAUACAUCUUUUGAGAGGUAAAGCUGUGACAGUGAACGGGAUGCCAGUCACUCUACCUAAGUCCUACAGUGGCAGCGGCUUGACUUUAGAAAAAGUUGGACUGUAUGUUUCUCUCUCCUCCCGACUUGGGGUCACUCUGCUAUGGGAUGGGGGUAUGCGUGUCUAUGUGCAUCUGGCAGCCCACCUGCGGGGUCGGGUCGGAGGCCUGUGUGGAAACUUUGAUGGGGACACAGAGAAUGACUUCACAACACGGCAGGGUAUUGUUGAGUCCACACCCGAGCUGUUUGGAAAUUCCUGGAAAUUGAGCCCAUCCUGUCCUGAUGUGACAGACCAGGACCUCAGAGAUCCCUGCACUCUGAACCCCCACAGAGUAAUGUGGGCCAGGAAAAAAUGUGCCAUCCUCACACAGGAACUCUUCUCACGCUGCCACCCUGAAGUGCCCUUCCAGCAGUAUUAUGACUGGUGUGUCUUUGAUGCAUGUGGCUGUGACUCUGGAGGGGACUGUGAAUGUCUCUGCACAGCCCUGGCUGCUUAUGCUGAGGAGUGUAACCGCAGAGGAAUCUACAUACGCUGGAGGUCUCAGGAGAUUUGUCCUCUGCAGUGUGAGAAUGGGCUGGUGUAUGAUCCCUGUGGUCCAGCAUGUUCUCCUUCCUGUCCCACUGUCCAACAGAGUCCACAUUCCCAGUGUGAUGCCCCUUUCUGUGUGGAAGGCUGCUUCUGCCCAGCUGGCACAGUUCGACAUGGUGACAGCUGUGUAGUUUCCACACAGUGUCCAUGUGAAUGGGAAGGCUCCAUGUUUCCACCUGGAUCAAUCAUCACUCAGCACUGCCAGAACUGUUCUUGUGAGGAUGGCUUGUGGCAGUGUGAGGGAGUGCCUUGCCCUCCUCCUCCUGCUCCCUGUCUGGAAUCUGAGUUUACCUGUGCCAGUGCCCGCUGCAUCCCCUCUGAGUGGGUCUGUGACAAUGAGGAUGACUGUGGAGAUGGUUCUGAUGAGAUAUGCCACUCCACCUGCUCUACAAACCAGUUCCGCUGUACCAGCACUCCAAGUGGACCAUGUUUGGACCUGGCUCUGUACUGCAAUGGCCACCCAGACUGUGCUGACCAAUCAGAUGAGGAAUUCUGUGGACCUGGCACUCCAAUGCCUCUGUGUCCACCGGGGGAUUUUCAGUGUGCAAAUGGAAAAUGUCUGCAGGCUAGUCGUGUUUGUGAUGGACGGCUGGAUUGUGGCUUUGCUGAUGGAUCAGAUGAGCUGGACUGUGGAGUGGUGUGUGAUGAAGGGCAGUUCCUGUGUGCUGGAGGACACUGUAUUCUGUACCUGCACCGUUGUGAUGGACAUGAUGACUGUGGGGACCUUAGCGAUGAACAGGGCUGUGUGUGUUCUUCAGGGGAAUUUCAGUGUCCUGGGGACCAAUGUGUCCCUGCAGCUAGAGUAUGUGAUGGACACAGAGACUGCCCUUCUGGAACAGAUGAAGCUGUCUGUCCAAGUAAAGUGACCUGUGCUGCUGAUCAGUUUGCCUGUAAUAAUGGUAAAUGUGUUACUGCAACAAAGCUGUGUGAUGGAACAACAGACUGUCCAGGAGGGGAGGAUGAGAAAAGAAUCAACUGUCACACUAUUAUAAGACCGUCACUACCAACAGUCACCCCUACUGUGCCUUCUCCAGCUUGUCGUCACUAUGAGUUUGCAUGUGCCACCAGUGGCCAGUGUGUGUCUCAGGCCUGGCGUUGUGACGGGGAGACGGACUGUAUGGAUGGAAGUGAUGAACAGCAGUGUACUGCCCCCUGUGGCCCUGGACAGGUGGCCUGUCUCAGUGGAGACCAGUGUGUGUUCUAUCAGCAGCUCUGUGAUGGAACCCCAGACUGCAGAGACACCUCAGAUGAAAGCAUAGACAAUUGUGGCUCUAUACAGAUACCCCCCUGUCCAGGCAACUUCCCAUGUGACAACCGCACUUGUGUGAACAUGUCCCAAGUGUGCAACGGCAUCCCAGACUGUCCACGGGGUGAAGAUGAGUUGGUGUGUGAUAGAACUGUCUCACCUGUACCCCCUGGAAGAAAGAACGUCACUGUUACCUGUCCUGAAUUCACCUGUAUGGAAGGAUCCUGUGUCCCCUUCAGCACAGUUUGUAACGGUGUUGCAGAUUGCCCAGACUCUUCAAUAUCACCACUUGGGGGUCCCACUGAUGAGCAGGGCUGCAGGAAGUGGGGCUCCUGGGGUCCCUGGAGCUCCUGCAGUGCUUCCUGUGGCACAGGCUCAAUGAACCGCCAAAGAUCUUGUCCUUCAGGAGAUCUACUUCACCAUUGUCGAGGUCAGGACAUCCAGAGACAGCAGUGUUUCAAAGUCACCUGCCCAGUGGAUGGGCAAUGGCUGCCAUGGGUGAGCUGGUCCAACUGUUCCAGUGGCUGUGGUGAAGUGCAGGUCAGACACAGGGGGUGCAGCCCACCUCGCUAUGGAGGCAGAGACUGUUCUCAGCUUCCUGAAUCGCCCAAUGUUGCCAUGGAAAUUAAGCCGUGUCCCGAUGAUGGAUGUGUCAACAUUAGCUGUCCCACCGGCCUAGUGAGACACAGCUGUGCUCUCUGCCCACUGUCCUGUGCCCACAUCAGCAGUGGGGCAACCUGUGAUCCAACAGCACCCUGCUUCUCAGGUUGCUGGUGUCCAGAGGGUCAAGUCAUGAGCCACAUGAAGCAGUGUGUAUCACCAAAAGAGUGUGCAUGUGAGGUGGCAGGUGUGCGAUAUUGGCCAGGCCAGCAGAUAAAGAUUGACUGUGAUAUUUGUGUUUGUGAUGGAGGAAGGCCUCAGAGAUGCCAACCCAAUCCAGACUGCUCAGUGAACUGCGGUUGGUCUGAGUGGUCUGAGUGGGGAGAGUGUCUAGGACCCUGUGGUGUUCAGAGUGUUCAGUGGUCAUUCCGUAGCCCUAACAACCCGACCAUGCAGGGAGACGGGAGAGCGUGUAGAGGGAUCUACCGCAAAGCUCGCCGUUGUCAAACAGACCCCUGUCAUGAAUGUGAAUACCAGGGUCAGUCCCAUUUUGUUGGAGACAGAUGGAAGUCAGACCACUGCCAGUUAUGCCAAUGUCUGACAAAUCUCACAGUGCAGUGUUCCCCCUACUGCCCAUACACAGCCACUGGAUGCCCACAGGGUCAAAGUCUGGUUCCUGGACAGGGAGACAGGUGUUGCUACUGCCAAGGAGACAAUGAGACCAUUUUUGUGACAGUCAGCCCCAGUGUGACCUCCACACCAUCAGGGGGCAGUACACCCCUGGUUCCUACGUACCCUCUUCCACCUGGUGAUGAAUGCUGGUUUCCUCUUGGUGUCCAGUCUCUCCCAGCCUCAAGUUUCGAUGCAUCGUCACAGCAGGCUGGUCACCCCCCUGAGGCUGCCCGUCUUCAUGGCUGGAAUCCCCACAGAGACCUUCAGGGCUGGAGUCCAGAACCAGAGGAGUAUAAGGAUCUGCCACAGCAGAGUCCACAGGGACAGAGUAGCAGUACCCUUGGUCCUUACCUACAGAUAGACCUUCAGAGACCAUACAACGUCACUGGUUUACUAACCCAGGGUGGUGGUGUAUUUGGCACUUAUGUGACUAGUUUUUACCUCCAGUUCAGCCUGGAUGGAAGGAAGUGGUCUACAUACAAAGAGCUCAUCACGGAUGCACGGCCCAAAGCCAAGGUUUUUAAUGGUAACCACGAUGAUCAAGGGGUGGCUGAGACCAAACUGGACAGGAUGGUCUCUGCUCAGUUUGUGCGUCUACUGCCACAUGACUUUAAGAAUGGCAUUUAUCUUCGGCUUGAAAUCAUGGGCUGUGGAGAGGAUUACAGCUGGGUAACUACUCCCAAGCCAUUCAUUCCAUUCACCCCUGCUCGUGGCUGCAGACAGAAGGAGUUUCAGUGUGAGAAUGGUCACUGUGUACCAGGAGGUCCACUGGGAGUUGUCUGUGACGGAGUUAAUGACUGUGGAGAUGGAUCAGAUGAGAUACACUGUGGAAUGCAGCCCUCCACUACUGCCUUCAGUCGUCACAGCUGCCCCGCGGGUCAGUUUUCCUGCCCCCCUCCAGGCAGCUGCAUUGAUGCAGGGAAGCGUUGUGAUGGGAUUCCCCACUGUCCUGGAGGAGAGGAUGAAACUGGCUGCCACCCCCAUGAAAACAACACCCAGUCGGACAGAGCGCACACAGCCACUCCAGCUCCAUCCAAGGCUGCUGUCACUCACCCUGCCAUAACAACUCGUAAUGGUGGCCCAGGAUAUCGAGGCAUCUGCUCCUCGCCUCUUGGUCUGGAGGAUGGGCGAAUUCGCUAUGGUCAGCUCACCUCCUCUUCACAUCGAGAAAACAACCCAGCUGAUGCCGGACGACUUAACAUUGUACCUAAUGUUCAAGUCAUGGAACCGGGUUGGAGCCCUCUUCCUACAGACCCACAGCCAUAUUUUCAGGUAGAUUUUCUGGAGCCCACUUGGGUGUCAGGAGUGGUUACUCAGGGCAGUGAACGCAUGUGGGGUUACCUCACGAAAUACCGUCUGUCCUUUGCCUUGCACAGUAGCCACUUUAUAGACUACACUGAGUAUGGCAUGGCUCAUGGCCCUCCUAAGGUGUUUGAGGUGCGCAUGGUGGGAAGAAUACCUGUGGCCAGCUGGCUUAGUCAGCUGCUUAGAGCUCGCUACCUUCGUAUCAUCCCUGUGGAGUUCAGACACACCUUCUACCUGCGUGUGGAGAUUCUAGGCUGCAGAGGAGAUGAGCUGGUGACCCCCAGCUCUGUGAACACACCACCCUCUGGUGGUGACAAAGUGACUGUGCAGCAUUGUAAGCCAGUACAGUUCUCCUGCCAGUACAGUAAAGAGUGUGUCUCUGUGUCUGUUCUUUGUGAUGGUAAACCAGACUGCAAGGACCACUCUGAUGAGAUCAGCUGUGGUACAGUUCCAACAAGAGGCUCUCCAGGAUUGCAGAACCAAACGAACUACACAGGAAGACCAGGGUUUCCCGGCGGCAGUACAACAGGUGCUCCAGGUCUAAAAACUACCUGGCCCCACGGUGGCCGACCUGGCGUGGCUACAGGCCCACCUGGACUUGACAAAUCUACAACCCCAAAUACUGGGGUCACCACAGGUCAGCCUGGUUUGCAUUACACCACACCUGUCCACUCUGGAAAGCCUGGUUUGCAAACCACAAAUGUCCCGUUGAUAACCACCACCUCUCAUGAUGGCCUUCCCAGAGUGCUUUGUGUGGAGGGCCAGUUUGCAUGCCGGACAUUUGGUUGUGUGGCUUCAGCGCAGGUGUGUGAUGGCAGACAGGACUGUGUGGACGGGUCAGAUGAAGAAUACUGUGGUACCACAGCCAGGCCAGUGGGGACUCCAUUUCAUCCUCUGGUGCCCAGUCCCUGCUCUCCAAAGCAGUUCACUUGUCACAGUGGGGAAUGUGUUCACUUGGACCACAGGUGUAACCUGCAGAAGGACUGUGUGGAUGGUUCUGAUGAGAAGGACUGUGUGGACUGUAUCAUGUCUCCGUGGACAGUGUGGAGUCAGUGCAGUGUGUCCUGUGGACUGGGCUCCCUUUUCCGGCAGAGGGACAUUAUAAGAGAGGCUUUACCCGGAGGGUCCUGUGGCGGAGCCCAGUUCGACAGUCGAGCCUGCUUCCCCCGAGCAUGUCCAGUUGAUGGUCACUGGUCAGUGUGGACAGAAUGGUCAGAGUGUGAUGCUCAGUGUGGCGGGGGGGUCAGGCAGAGAAACAGAACCUGCUCUGCUCCUCCUCCCAAGAACGGGGGACAAGACUGCGAGGGCAUGACCUUACUGAGCCAGAGCUGCAAUAUCCAACCCUGCACCAAAGACAUAGACACACAGACAGGUUGUGCCAGUGGUAUGGUGCUGGUGACUGAGGAAGACUGCCAGACUGGAAGAGUCAAACCCUGUCCUCCGACCUGCACACAUCUGAGCUUGAAUGACAACUGCACUGCAGCAUGUAUAGCAGGGUGUCGUUGUCCUGAUAGUCUGUACCUUCAGAAUGGACGAUGUGUGAAUGCCAGUCAGUGUGUGUGUCAGUGGGAAGGCCAAACACUGCAGGAAGGACAGAUUGUCAGAAAGGACAUGUGUACUACAUGUGCAUGCAGAGAUGGUCAUGUCACCUGUGGCACCAGCAGCUGUGUUUCAGGCUGUCAUUGGUCAGCCUGGUCGUCAUGGUCACAAUGUGAUGUAACCUGUGGACUGGGGCUACAGCAACGUUACAGGUCACCAGUGAUCCCAACAGGAGCUGUCAGAGUCCAACCCUGUCCAGGAGACUCUACUGAGGCCCGCCACUGCUUCAGCCCCUGCAUCCCUGAGCUGCCAGAUGGGGUCUGGAGUAAAUGGACAGCCUGGUCAGAAUGCAGUAAGACUUGUUUCCAUCAUGUAGAUGAUGUGGGAAUAAGACGACGAUUUCGCUCUUGCAAUCACACAGUCACACUUUCCAACCACCCACAUGUACAUUCUAUCUGUCAUGGAGGCACAGAGGAACAGGAGCCCUGUAACACUGUACGAUGUCCAGUGAAUGGUGGCUGGUCAGCGUGGUCACCCUGGUCCCAAUGUUCAUCAGGGUGUGACUCAGGAGUUCAAACAAGAGAAAGAUUCUGCAAUUUACCGUCACCACAGCACGGAGGCAGUAGCUGCCCUGGACCACACAUUCAGACAAGAGACUGCAAUUCCCACCCCUGCUCAGGUGUGUGUCCGGAGGGUAUGAUGUACAUGACAGCAGCUGAGUGUGAAGCUCAUGGCAGUGCAUGUCCGCGGAUGUGUCUCGACAUGACCUCCACAGAGGUGCAGUGUGCCACCGCCUGUUACGACGGCUGCUACUGCGCCUUGGGCUUCUACCUGCUGAACAGCAGCUGUGUGCUGGCACAAUGCCCAUGUUACCACCAGGGGGAGCUGUACCCAGCUGGUGCCACCCUGCCUGUGGAUGCCUGCAACAACUGCACCUGCACUAGAGGAGAAAUGGAAUGUGGAACAACUCCCUGCCCAGUGGAUUGUGGCUGGAGCAGCUGGACCCAGUGGAGCACCUGUAGCCGAACAUGUGAUGUAGGUGUGAGAAGACGGUAUCGUUCAGGAACCAAUCCUCCUCCAGCUUUUGGAGGCCGCCCUUGCAAAGGGGAACGAGUUGGCAUUGAUACCUGCAGCAUUGAACCCUGCUUUGGUGUGAAGGAGCCAUGGAGUCCAUGGUCACAGUGUUCAGUCACAUGUGGAGGAGGUUACAGGACCAGAACCCGUGGGCCAAUUCGAACUCAUGGCACUGCUCAACAAUUCAGUGCCUGUAAUCUGCAGCCCUGUGGCGACAGCAGUGUGUGUCCACCAGAUCAGGAGUGGAAGCAGUGUGUGAUGGGAGCAGUGUCAUGUGCAGACAUAACGAUGGACCUGAGCAGGAACUGCACCCCAGGGUGCCAGUGUCCACAUGGGACUGUUCAGCAGGAUGAUAUGUGUGUGCUGGAGUCUGACUGUCGCUGUAAUAUGGAUGUAAAACAGUAUGAACCAGGGGAUAUUGUCCCUAUCGAUUGCAACAACUGUACAUGCAAUGCAGGACGGCUCGUAAACUGUUCUCAAUUUAGCUGUGAUGCUGAUGGCCCCUGGUCAGCGUGGACUCCGUGGGGUCAGUGUUCAGUGUCGUGUGGAAGAGGUCUACAGUCUCGGUUCCGCUUCUGUUCCAGUCUCCGUCGCUCUGGUAGCACCCUGCCAUGUGUAGGACCUCACCGAGAAGAUCAGUUCUGCAUCAUGACACCAUGUGACCGUGAUGGAGGCUGGGGUCAGUGGAGUAACUGGACAGAGUGCACUAAAUCCUGCGGUGGAGGCAUUCAGAGCCGCAGGAGAGAGUGUGACAGUCCUAGUCCAGAGGGGGAGGGGAACUACUGUGAGGGUUUGGGAACUGAAGUCACAGCCUGUAACACUGCCCACUGCCCAGUGGCACCAUGCUCCCAGGUCCCAGGCACAGCGUUCAGUAGCUGUGGCCCAUCCUGCCCUCGCUCCUGUGAUGACUUGGCACACUGUGAUUGGCAUUGUGAGCCUGGGUGUUAUUGUACAGAGGGAAAGGUCCUGUCUGCUAAUGGAACAGUGUGUGUAGAUAAAGAAGACUGUUCCUGUCUGGACCUCAACAGUGGGCAACGGCUAGAACCAGGAGAAACCAUUACUGCCACUGAUGGGUGUAACAACUGCACCUGUGAGGGAGGAAGACUCAAUUGCACCAGAGAGCCCUGUCGAGUGUCAGGUGGCUGGUGUGAGUGGUCUCAGUGGAUUCCAUGCUCUAGGACUUGUGGGGCUGAGUCGGUGUCUCGCUAUAGGAGCUGCAGUUGUCCUGAACCCAAGGCUGGAGGAGUAUCCUGCUCUGGAGAACAGGAAACACAUAGCAGGGUUGGGGUUCAGAUUCAGAGACAGCCUUGUCCUGUCAUCACCUUCUGUCCAGUCCAUGGUUCAUGGAGUCCCUGGUCAGUGUGGUCAGAGUGUGAUGGGUGUGUGGGCUCAUCGUCCCGCACGAGGGAGUGUAACAACCCUCCGGCCAGGUUCGGAGGCCUGCCUUGUCUUGGAGAAAGCAGGCAGACCCGUGGUUGCCAUGACAACACUACCGUCUGCACAGACUGUGGUGGAGGCCAGGAGGAAUGGCCUUGUGGGAAGCCCUGUCCUCGCUCCUGUUCAGAUCUCCAUGUUAACACAGGUUGCUUGGACUCCCCUGGGUGCAGCCGGACUUGUGGUUGUCCGGACAACAUGGUAUUGCAGGAUGGAAUGUGUGUGGCCAGGGACGAGUGUCGCUGCAAAUACCACAACAGCUCUGCUACUGGUAGUUUAGAUUCCAGGAAUUCAUCAUGGACAUGGCCUGGUGGGUCUGAUUGGCAGUUUGCAAAUCCAGGAGACAGUAUUAUCACUAACUGUAAAAACUGUUCUUGCGAAGCUGGGGUUUUGCAGUGUCAGUCAGUCCCUGGCUGCCAUAUUGAUGGUGGCUGGAGCCAAUGGGGGACCUGGACUGAAUGUUCAGCUUCUUGUGGAAGCGGAGUCAGGUCCAGGAGACGUCAGUGUAACAACCCAUCCCCUCAGAGUGGUGGGAGAGGCUGUCUUGGAGUGGCUGAGCAGCAGAAAGAAUGCAACACACACCUAUGCACAGACUCAGUUGGACCAUGGCUGCCGUGGUCACAGUGGUCACUAUGUACAGUCAGCUGUGGUGGAGGGCAGCAGUCCCGCUUUCGCCUUUGCAGCUCUCCACCCUGUAGUGGCCUCGGUCGCCAGAGUAAGACCUGCAACACCCAGGUCUGCCUCGAGGUGGGCUGUCCUCCAGGCAAGCUGUACAGGGAGUGUGAACGAGGUGAGGGCUGCCCAUUCAGCUGUGCUCAGGUCAGUGGCAGAGACGGCUGCUACUCAGACGGCUGUGAAGAGGGCUGCCACUGUCCCCCACACACCUACCAACAUCAUGGAGUCUGCUUGCAGGAGUGUCCAUGUUUGGUGGAUAAGGAGUUUCUGGCCUCUCUGCAGAGUGUUUCUGUCACAUCAAUCUCAUCUCUGCUCCUCUAUAACAUCUCUGAGGGAGUUGAGCUCCAGUCUGGAGACACAGUGGUCCACGACUGCAGCACCUGUGGCUGUGAACACAGCAGGUGGAACUGCUCCCUGGCGCAUUGCCCAGUCGAUGGUGGUCUGUCCCCCUGGGGUCCUUGGAGCCCCUGCUCACUGUCUUGUGGGGGUCUAGGAAUGAAGACUCGGUUUAGGGGCUGCACACAUCCUACUCCUGCCCAUGGAGGCAGAGACUGUCAGGGACCGCGACAGGAAACCACAUACUGCCAAGCCCCAGACUGCCCAGAUGUUGUUGGUCCUACAGAAGAGCCAUUCAUACCGGAUGAGGACACUGGCUUCUCUCCUUGGUCAUUGUGGAGUCCAUGUACUAAGACCUGCAGUGAUGCUCGUAACCCAGCCACAAAGUCCCGUCAAAGACAAUGUGUCAGACCUCCCUGUUCAGUAAACUCUCACCAGGAGAAGGUCUGUAACUUGCCACAGUGUAGUGGUGAUGAGUGUGUUAGGGCUGACUGUGCACGAAGGAAUUGCUCUUGGACAGAGUGGGGGGAGUGGGGAUCCUGUUCACGGUCUUGUGGAGUAGGCCAGCAGCAGAGGAUCCGGACCUUCAUUAGUCCUGGGGCCAAUGGCUCAUGGUGUGAAGACAUCCUAGGAGGCAACCUGGAGAAUCGCUUCUGCAACAUCAGGCCCUGCAGAGUGGAUGGAGGUUGGUCCCGGUGGAGUCCAUGGUCACGCUGUGAUAAGCAGUGUGGUGGUGGCCGCUCCAUACGCACACGCUCCUGCUCCAGCCCCCCACCCAAGAAUGGAGGCAAGAAAUGUGAAGGAGAGAAGAACCAGGUCAAACCCUGCAACACUAAACCCUGUGAUGAGAAAGGGUGCCCACUGGGCCAGGAGUUCGACCUGUGUGCCAACCAGUGCCCCCAGCGAUGCACAGACCUCCAGCAAGGCAUUGAGUGCCAGGGCAACAGCGAAUGUCAGCCUGGCUGUCACUGCCCUAAAGGUCAGCUCCAGCAGGACGGUGUGUGUGUGCAGCUGUGGCAGUGUGACUGUGUGGACUCAUUGGGACACAUUUGGGCUGCUGGCAGCUCACAUCAAGUGGACUGUAACAACUGCAGCUGCUCUGAUGGACAGCUCUUCUGCACCAAUCACAGCUGCCAGGCUACCUGUAUCUGGAGCUCCUGGUCCAGCUGGGCUCCAUGCAGCACUUCAUGUGGGCAGGGCCAGAGGACUAGAUAUAGAUCUCUGAUCCCAGAUACUGAAGGAGCAGACUGCCAGUUCGAGGAAGUCCAGCAUAAAUCCUGCAACCCAAGACCCUGCCCACCUCUAUGUCUCCAUAGUGACCAGGAGCUCACUGUGGGAGACACUUGGCUGCAGGGAGAGUGUAAACAAUGCACAUGCACUCCAGAGGGACAUUACUGCCAAGACAUUGACUGCCAAGUGGAUGGAGGCUGGACUCCAUGGUCAGUGUGGUCAGACUGCUCUGUGACCUGUGGGCGAGGCACCCAUGUCCGAACCCGUGCCUGCAUCAAUCCUCCACCACGUAACAAUGGCUCAUACUGCAGUGGACCACAGAGGGAAAUGCAGGACUGUCACACUCCACCCUGUUUGGAUGACCUUUGUCCCUGGUCACCAUGGUCACCAUGUUCGCAGAGCUGUGGAGCAGGGUCUGUAUCCCGGCACCGAGUGUGUAUAUGUGAGGAAGAAGGUGAUGCAGCGUGUCCUGCUGAGAUUGAAGCUCACAGGAACAGAGAGGAGACUCAGCUGUGUUACAAACAGCCUUGUUCAGCCUGUCCCAUGUCAAAGUGGAGUGUCUGGUCUCAGUGUUCCUGUGUGUCUCAGAGGCAGCAGCGCUAUCGUGUAGCUCUGUCUCCUGCCACCAAGGGGCAACAAUGCACUCCUGUUGAAACACAGAGCAGGACAUGCAGCCUCAGCAACUGUACUGACUGUGCAGCCCCUUUCAUUUAUUCACCCUGUGGUUCACCCUGUGAGAGACAAUGUGCACUGCAGGCCAACCAAGAUCUAUGUCUAGAUAUCAGAGAAUGUACAGCCGGCUGCUACUGCCCACAGGGUCUGCUACAGCAGAAUGGUACCUGUGUUCCUCCUCAUGAGUGUGGCUGUGUCCACCUACAACACCAAGCUUCUGGACAACCACCCACACCUGUCACAGUCCCUCAGGGAUCCACAGUAACCAUAGGCUGCAGUACCUGCCUUUGCCACGAUGGGACUUUGCAAUGUGAUAUGAGAGAGUGUGAAGUCAUCCUUAGUGAGUGGUCAGAGUGGACUCGCUGCUCCCCCUGCAUGCCGUAUGCUUCCCUUCAGUUCAGCACUUUGCCAGAGAGGCUUAUCAGUGGCAUAAUGGUCUCAGUCCAGAGACGCUUCCGGGCCUGUUUGGAUUUGGACUCUGGUCUCCCAGUCCAGGUCCUCCCAGAUGAGGAGGAGAGCCAGUGUCCAGGACCACUGAUGGAGGAAAGAGUCUGUCCAGAUGUGAACAUCUGCCAAGAUGUGUGUCAGUGGAGUGCUUGGAGUGCCUGGACGGCCUGUGCAGAGCCGUGCAGCGGAGGCAUCAGGCAGCGCUACAGAUGGCCCCUGGCCUCUCCUGCAGGGCCCCGCUGUGGGAGCCAACAAACACAGAGCCAGAGCUGCAACACUGGACUGUGCCCAGGAGAACGCUGUGAAGACCGGGGACGGACCUACCACGAAAGCUGUGCCAAUCACUGUCCUCGCAGCUGCACUGACUUAUGGGAGCAUGUCCAGUGUCUUCAAGGAGCAUGUCAUGCAGGUUGUCGCUGUCCAGAUGGACAGCUGCUGCAGGACAGUCACUGUGUUCCAGUCAGAGAGUGUCGCUGUGGUAUCCCAUCAGGCAAUGGGACACUGGAGUUCAACCCUAAAGAGACCUUUGUCAUGGACUGCAACACCUGUGUGUGUGAGAAUGGCACUCUGGUAUGCACCAAACUCCCCUGCCCAGUGUAUGAGCCCUGGAGUCCGUGGAGCGCAUGCUCAUCUACCUGUGGGCGGGGCCAAAGGUCAAGAACACGUCUGUGCAAGGACACAGAGGGCGGCCCUUCGUGUACUGAUACCAUGCAGACAGAGAGCUGUGCUCUGCCAUCCUGUCCAGUGGGCUGUUUACUGAGUGAGUGGUCACCCUGGAGCGAGUGUAGUACCACAUGUGGUGGUGGACUGUCGAUACGGAACAAGACUAUCCUUCAGGAGCCAGAGCCUGGUGGGGCAGCCUGUGCUGGACCACUUGAACAGCACACUGUCUGUAACACCAACAGCUGUCUUCCUGAGUGUCCCCGUGGGCAGGUUUUCAGUGACUGUUCAGGAUCCUGUCCACAUACUUGUGAGGACCUGUGGCCACACACUCAGUGUUUGCCUGCACCCUGCACCCUUGGGUGCACCUGCCCUUCUGGACAGGUGUUGUAUGGAGGCUCCUGUGUGUCCCACGCUGACUGUCCCUGUUCAGCUCUGUCCCUGCCACCUGCCUACCAAAACUGGAAUGGCAGCACUGAGGAGAUCACAGAUGCCCUGCUGCCACCUGGAACCAUGGUUCAGCACCUCUGCAACACAUGCGUCUGCAGAGGAGGAGAGUUCAACUGUACAUUAGAGUCGUGUGAUGUUGACUGUGAGUGGUCCAGCUGGUCUCAGUGGACUCCGUGCUCGGCGAGCUGCGGUACAGGACGACAAAGCGCCACCAGAACCAUCCUGCGGUUAAGUCAGUACAGAGGGGCCCCUUGUGAAGGGCCUGACACCCGUGCUGUGACCUGCUCGGCCCCUGACUGUGAGUGUCCUGUCGGUGAGCAGUGGAGAAGGAGUGUGUCGGAUGAGCUCCCUCUAUGUGAGAGGAGCUGCCAGGACAUCUACUCCUCCUCUCCUGUCAACUGCAGCCGCUCCACUGAGGGCUGUGUGUGUCAAGAGGGGCUUUACCGAAACACAGAGGGCAUCUGUGCCAUCCCCGCCCACUGCCCCUGCCACGACCAGGGCAUCCUACGGGAGGCAGGAUCAGAGUGGGAGGAAGGCUGCCUAUCGUGUCGCUGUGUGAAUGGGAGGAAACUGUGCCAGUUGAGGUGCCCUCCACUGCAGUGUGACGAGAGGGAGGUGAUGGUGGAGGAGUCGGGCAGCUGCUGUCCAGUGUGCAGGAAACAGUUUCCAGGCGAGCCUGUGUCAGAGUGUCGUCGCUAUGUGCAGGUCCAAAACAUCACCAAGGGAGACUGUCGGCUUGACAACGUGGAGGUCAGCUUCUGCAGGGGACGCUGUCUGUCCAGGACAGAUGUCAUCCUGGAGGAGCCCUACCUGCAGUCGGUGUGUGAGUGCUGCAGCUACCGUUUGGACCCUGACACUCCAGUCCGCUUCCUCAGCCUGGAGUGUUCAAGUGGAGAGAGCGAACCCGUCGUCCUACCUGUCAUACACAGCUGCGAGUGUACCAGCUGCCAAGGAGGCGACCUGUCCAAGCGCUGAAUGUGUGAAGUGUUUCUGAGAGUGUGGAAGUGUGCCUGU